CACUCGUUCUCAAAACGAAGUGUGGUCAGACCCAUCGCGUCCCCUUCAUUGGAACCAUGGGCGACACUCCUCCCGACCUACCUCCCCGAGACACUCGUCCCUCAGGGUCUCACCCUGACAUCGCCUUCACUUCCCCUCGUUAGUUUGCUCACUUCAUACGACAGGAGGACGUCACGUUCUACUCAGUGAACGUCAUGGAUCUUCUUCGCUAUAAUCCACUUUGUCCCGAGGUUGAGCUCAUCUCUCUGGAGUCUGAUCCCCCUGACCCUUCCUCCAUCUUAGCGGCUCCCAUCUCUACAUCCACCCGUCAGCCUGCGGAUACCCCCUCCACGUCCCAGGCCUCUGCGUCGUCGACUGUCGAGUCCACACAUACGUCUCAUGCCGACGCAGAUGCUGAGGAACUCACACGGUUCACGGCAGACUUAGAGCCCGCCGUUCGCGACCUGAUUCGAGAGUACCGCGACAUCUUUCCCCCGUAUUUCUCAUACAGCGGGAUUCCCCCGAUGCGCGGUGUUGAGCAUUUUAUCCAGCUCGUGCCUGACUAUCGUGUUCACCAUCAGGCACCGUACCAACUCUCGAUUCCAAAGGCGACGGAACUCAAGCGUCAGCUUGAGGAGCUCCUUCGACUAGGUUUCAUUAAACCCAGUAACUCCCCUUGGGGUGCACCUGUCCUCUUCGCUCGCAAAGCGGACGAAACUCUCCGCCUCUGCAUCGACUACCGCGGCCUUAACCGUUACACGGUUAAGAACAGUUAUCCCAUGUCUCGCGCGGAUGAGUUGUUUGACCGUCUGGCAGGCAACCGCUUCUUCACGAAGAUCGAUCUUCGUAGCGGUUACCACCAGAUCCGCGUUGCCACAGAGGAUCAGCCGAAGACCGCCUUCCGAUCGCGCUUCGGCCACUACGAGUUCACAGUGAUGCCAUUCGGCCUCACCAAUGUACUCGCCACCUUCCAGACGGCGAUGAACAACAUCUUCAGGGACAUCCUUGAAGAAUACGUUCUCGUAUACCUGGACGACAUCCUGGUCUACAGUCGUACCUUAGAAGACCAUCUCAGACACCUCCGCGAUGUCCUACAACGCUUACGCAAGCAUGACUUCUAUGCCAAGCUCAGUAAGUGCCGCUUUGCCCAACGCAAAGUGGAUUUCCUAGGACACCAUGUGUCUGACCAGGGUCUCCACAUGGACGACGCGAAGAUCAGUGCUAUUGCAGAGUGGCCCAUCCCCACAUCUGCCAAGCAGCUUCGCAGUUUCCUAGGCCUCACCAGCUACUAUAAGAUCGAUGAGCUCACAGACCUACUGGACGUUUCAGAGUACGACGGCGAGGAGACCGCUGAGGGUAGCACCCUCGCCGCAGUAGUAAAGGCUAAGGCGGGUGGUCGAGGAAAGGGUCAUCCAAAGAGUCAAGGGAAGGCCGCCUCCAAUGAGACCAAAGUGGUUGAUUGGAUCAAGGCAGGUCUUGAUCAAGACGUGUGGCGGAACCGCCGAAUGGGCAGUCAACUUCAGAUGACUUCAGGGAAUCAUCCCGAAGCCAACGGACAGGCCGAGCAGAUGAACAGAGUUGUGCAGCACCUGCUGAGGCAUUACAUCAAGCCCAGCCAGGAUGACUGGGAUGAGAAGUUGCCUCUCAUCGUCAGCCUGUACAACAACGCUGUACACAGCAGUACCGGCGUUAGUCCUAACCAGCUGCACUUGGGAUGGAAGCCUAGAUCUGCUCUAGACUUCCUCCUACCUGAAAACCGAUCCGCCGUAACUCCAGGCACACUUGAGUAUGGUGUGCAGUAUAAGAAGUUGCUGCAGCAAGCUGUCGAGCACAUCAAAAAGGCUCAGCAAGCAAUGAUUGCUUCUGAGAACAAGCAUCGACAACAGUCUCCAUUUCAAGUAGGGGAACGUGUCUGGGUCAAGGCUAGUGAGCUAGGACAUGAAUUCGGUAUCUCUAGAAAACUAAUGCCUCAGUAUUUUGGUCCUUGGGAAGUCCUGGAUGUAGUGGGGGAUGAGAUGGAUGAUCCUACCUAUGUUAUCCGUAUCCCUGGACACCUACGCACUCACCCUGUCUUUCAUGCCUCAAAGCUUGCACCUUUCGCUGAGACUGAUCAAUUCCCUUCAAGGAGAUCGAUGCUGCCCCCAACCAUGGAUGGUCAAGUGGACAUCGACGACAUUGUGGAUCACAGAGAUCUGCCUGUUCCAAAGCCAUUGGGUAGAGGAAGACCUCCAAGACCCAAGCGGGAGUAUCGUGUCAGAUUCAGGCAUCAUACGGAUCCAAAGGAAGAUCGGUGGUUCACCAGAGAGGAACUGAUUGACACAGCUCCUCAGGUGGUGGCAGAGUAUGCGAGGAAGCUGAAAGGGAAGGCACCUGCGAAGUAAGCAUCUCAGCGGACUUUCGAAGCUAAGGGGGAUGGAAUGUGAGGAUUGAGCCCUCAAGAAGGGGCCUAGCCAUGAUGAACAUGUUCUGGGCUAAGGCCCCGGCAAGCCUAGUGCCCGCCCUAAGUGAAGGCGGGCCAGCAAAUCAACAAGAGCCCACUUA